CUAAUUUUCAAUCAUUUAGAUACAAUUAAAUAUUGAACUAGAAUUCUUCACGUGUGCAUAUUCUGCAUAUAAAUAUCGCUGCAUGCACUUGCUAAAAAGCCACUGAUUAGUUGCUGGAAACGGUGGAAACUCAAAGACAGACCUUCAUUUCUUUGAUACUUCUAUUAUUUUUGAAAAAAUGUUUGCCUUCACUACCUUCAUGAUUUUGGCUCAUUGCUGUGGUUUUAUAAGUUGUGUAUUUUUAUUUCAACAGUCUCCACACGCUUUCGAACAUAAGGAUAUCUUCAUAUUAGCGGGCCAAAGCAACAUGGCUGGCCGGGGAGGUGUGAAGAAUCGUAAUUGGGAUCAUAUUAUCCCUCCUGAAUGUAGUUCAAAGCCAACGAUCCUUCGGCUUACCGCAACGCUAAUGUGGGAGGAGGCACACGAACCUCUACAUGAGGACAUGGAUCCAAAUAAAACUUGUGGGGUGGGACCUGGAUUAGCGUUUGCCAAUUCACUGCUGGGACGAAAUCCUAGCAUAGGGGUAAUUGGUUUAGUCCCUUGCGCCUUCGGUGGAUCAAGUAUAGAGCAGUGGAAACGAGGCUCGAAACUAUAUAAUCGACUCAUAAAGAGGGCUGAGGCAGCGCUACAAGAUGGAGGGCAGAUUCGUGCACUUCUAUGGUACCAAGGUGAGAAUGAUACUAUAAAUAAAUCGGAUGCCGAACUGUAUAAGAUGCGAUCGGAAGAAUUUUUCAUCGAUAUCCGCACCGAUUUAGCCUCCCCAACCCUCCCAAUUGUUCAGGUGGCGUUGGCAUCAGCACUAGGACCAUAUAUCGACAUAGUAAGAAAGGCCCAGCUCGGAAUUGACCUUCCAAACAUCACAUGUGUAGAUGCCAAAGGACUGGAGUUGAUGGAAGAUGGAGUGCACCUUAAAACUUCAGCACAAGUCUGUCUCGGGAAGAUGUUGGCGGAUGCCUUCCUCCGCUUGAGACUCGUGUGAACCUUGCUCGAGCCAUUUUUAUACUACACUAACAAAGACGCUUUAAGCUCUUACUCUUUUUUAUUAAUUUUCCGAGUCAUUUGUAACCAUAUAAAAGUUUAUUUUGAAUUAUAUUUCUUUUGACUAUUUUAGUUUUUUAGUAACAUUAUCUCUUCCAAAAUCUCAAAGAUACAGAAAAACCUUUUGUUCAAGAAAUUACAUAUAGUAAACUAGUGAACAUUUUACGUGCCAUAUUAUGGUUUUGUUGGUAUUUUGUGUAACAGUCGUAUCACUUAAUAGACCAUUUU